AUGAAAGACAAGGAUAAAGUUGCAAGUUUAAAAUUGGAACGUGAAUUGCACUUGCGCAAAGCCGAAGUAUUUUUGAAAAAGUGUAGUAGUUCAGAAAAGGAAGACAAAAAUGUGAAUAAAAACAAAUUAUCUAUUUGCUUCGAUAUUCAAAAGAAUCUGCCAUUGCCGGUCACUAAUGUAACUGAUGAAUAUUAUCUCAGACAAUUAUGGCUUCAUAAUUUUGGUAUACAUAACUUAAAAGAAAACUCAGCAACUACGUACUUGUUUACGGAAAAUUAUGCCCACAAAGGGCCGAAUGAAGUAAUAACUGCUUUGGAUGAUUAUUUUUUACACCAUAAAAUCCCAGAUCAAACACAUUUAGAAAUAUUUUGUUAUAAUUGUUUCAGUCAAAAUAAAAACAGAUUUAUUUUUACGUAUUUUUAUCAGUUGUGUGCGAAAGGCUUGUUUGAAACAAUUUCUGUAAACUAUCCAAUUCGUGGGCAUUCAAUGAUGCCCAUUGAUAGAGAUUUUGCUCUCAUAAAAAGGCAAAAAUUAAAACAUAAAAAAAUUUAUGAACCUGACAGUUAUGUCAAUUUUGUAUUAAACAGUAGAAAUGCCAAGAAAUUUGAAGUUGUAUUUUUAGAAAAGAACCUGAUAGAACGAGGGCAAAUAGAUAGGAGCGGAGAAGAGCGAGAAGAACAACGUGGUAACGAAAGAGUAUUGAAAGUUAAAAAUUAUGAAACUUAUUAUAAUGAUAAUAUUAAACAAACAAUACCGGGAAUUUCAGGUUGUCGUCGAGUUUUAUUUAAAAGAAGAGAAAUGCAAAGCCAGCCUUUUUCUGAUUCAAUGACUGGCGAUAUCUUUAAGGAUUUUUCUUUAUAUAGAGUUGGUAUAUCUAGGUAUCUUCGAGAUGUUUCUGUCGAUUGUUAUCAAAAUGCUAUUAAAAUUAAAGAAGCUCAAAUUAAUGACAUUAAAAAACUCAUUCGAUUUGUACCACAAGAAAAAAGAAAAUUCUGUGAAACUUUGAUUAUGGAACAGGCUAAAUUAAAUGAAAGUCAAAUUGUUGAGGAAUUGGAUGACGAAAUAGAGUAA